CCUUUGCCCAUUUAUAAAAACCCUUUUAGCGAUCUCACAUUUGUUUCAUCCCAUUAUCAUCAUCCUUCAAGAACACAAAGCUAGACCGGAAAAGAAAAUGUGUUCCUCAAAAUCCAAGAACAUGAACCAAGAAACCAUUUCCCAAAUCAAUGGCCGUCCGGUUCUUCAGCCAAAAUCGAAUCAAGUUCCCACUUUAGACCGACGCAACUCACUCAAGAAAUCUCCUCCUAAGCCUUUGAUCCAUCCCAUUGCAUCAAAGAUACCUUCACCAAAAUCAAUAUCCCUAAACUCUCUACCUUUGUCUCCCAACUUAAAACCCAUACGAAAACUAGCCGGUUAUGAGAAGCCUAAACCGGCUGCUAAAUCGGUUAAAUUAUCGGAGGGCACUAAUUGUGGCUACAGAGAGGUUAUGUCCACGGUGAAAGUUCAGAAGCAACCUGGAAGUAUAGCUGCUGCAAGAAGAAAAGAGGUUGCGAUAAAACAAGAAGAAAGAAAGAAGAAAAUCUCUCAUUAUGGUAGAGUAAAAGCUGUAAAAUCAACUGAAAUGAACUUAAAUGUUGAGCAUGAUAAGAAGAAGAGAUGCAGUUUCAUCACUCCAAGUUCAGAUCCAAUCUAUGUGGCUUACCACGAUGAAGAAUGGGGAGUUCCUGUUCAUGAUGACAACCUACUGUUUGAGCUUCUGGUGUUAACCGGAGCUCAGGUCGGAUCAGAUUGGGCUUCGGUUUUGAAGAGAAGAAACACUUUUAGAGAGGCUUUCUCCGAUUUCGAAGCAGAGUUGAUCGCAGACUUUAACGAGAAGAGGAUACAGUCGAUAGUCAACGACUACAGCAUUGGCCUUAGCCAAGUCCUUGCAAUUGUUGACAAUUCUAAACAAAUUCUCAAGGUGAAAAGAGAUUUCGGGUCAUUCAACAAAUACAUUUGGGGAUUUAUGAAAUACAAACCGGUUACCGCAAAAUACACAUCUUGCCAAAAGAUACCGGUUAAAACGUCAAAAUCAGAAACCAUAAGCAAAGACAUGGUUCGUCGUGGGUUUAGAUUCGUUGGUCCGACAGUUAUACAUUCGUUUAUGCAAGCCGCCGGUUUAACAAACGACCAUUUGAUCGCUUGCCCGAGACAUCUCGAGUGUACGGCGAUGGCGUCUCUAUAGGCAAAAAAUAUCAUUGUUGUGGUCACACUGGCUUUAUUUAUUAGUUUUGCAUAAUCGAAUAAUGUUGAUGUGUUAUUAUUGUAGCACUAUAUCUACCAUGUGAUAUUUGAGGUCCUAACUUUAGGUAGUGAUUAUUGUACAAAAGUAUGUGUGUGUAUGAGAUUGUGCUUUAUAUUAAUAUGUGUGUGUAUUUGGUUUAUAUUUGGGUUUUGUGGAUAAUAGUUUAUGGGAUACGGGGAAUCUAUAUUAUAAUGAUACAUUUUCAAGGAUCUUAAAGCUGUCCACGUCGGUAAGUUUGUGGGUUCCGCACAUUUAAAUUUUAAAAACUUAGAGUUUGUUUAAAAUGAGUAUGAACAAUAAAUAUACUUUAGCUUAGUGGUAUAAGACAUCUAAUGAAGUCCACAAGUGUGGGUUCAAACCGCG